AGUUGUUUUAAAUUAACAUGAAAUUGAAUUGAGUGUCCAAACAAAUUAAAGAGUUGCUGUGGAAAUUCCUGCUUUAAAAAAUGUACAACCAGAAAUUUGCUAAGCUUCUGCAGUACCAUUUGGCAAGAAUUUCCAAGAGCUAUAUAGCUACAUGAUAUAGCAAUCCUCCAUUUCGUUAUUCCUAUUUUGUGCUGAAAUCCAAGGAAUACAAACAUGUCCUAAAGAAAGCAUUGGCCCAAAAAUAUGGACUGUUUAUUAUUUCCACAGAUGCUGUCUGAUCUGCUGAGUUCUUCCAGCACUUUGUGUGUGCUGUUUUGAAUUUCCGGGAUCUGCAGAAUUCUUGUGUUUAAUAUAAACAUGAAUUGUAAGUUUUCCAAACUUAUUUCUCACAAAUAAUUAAACUGAAAUAAAACAGAAUAUGUCAAAAACACGCAGCAGAGCAGGCAGUUUCUGUACAAAGAACAACUGCAGCUUUUGAGUGAAAUGUUAGAAUUCUGUUCCUAUCUCCACCGAUGCUGCUGACAACAACCGGAAUUUCUAACCAGAACUACUCAGUUUUCACACGUUGUUGUGUUUGCGCUUGCUGUAUUGACGAAAAGUAUAACAGGAUUCACUCACAGGCGGAAGACUGUCCCCUUUCCUAACUUUUAGGCAUUCGGUCUGCUCCGAUCGCUGUGGAACCAAGAAUUCCUGGUUAAAGGAGAUCAGUGGGUGGAGUUUAAUCUGGGGUAGAGAUCGGUGUGGGACAAUCCGUACUAUUCCGAGCAACAGACUGGAGCAUAUCAACGGGUCGUUCAGGAUGCGUGCAGGAAGACUUUUCUCCUUGAAAUGCCCAGACGUGCCGAGUGCUUGUCCCGCCGCCGGUGAGCAGACACACCCAGGUUGAGGUGCGCCCGCAGGAAACGGCCCAUCCCAAGCAGGAAGAACCUUAUGCCCGCCGUUUCCGUGGGGUGUUGGGAGUCGAAGCACGACCAUGCUCGGUGCAGCCGUCUGCCUUUUGCUGUUACUGGCCCGGGCCGUGCCCACAGGUGCUGGAAUGAUUUCAGUCACUGCUGACCAAGGUGUGACAAUCAACAUCAGACAAGCAACAGGCAACCUGAGCCUUACUGAAUGCCAAAUGUGUACCGGGGAAGGGGAUUGUUAUUCAGAGUAUCAGAUCCUUCCAGGAGACACCCUGUUCUUCAAGUUCACCUGCAGUGAUCCCGAGCACCACUUCAUCAUGGAAGUUAAGAAAGAUAUUGCUGAAGCUGAUGACCUCGAAGAUCUUCUACCUCAAAAUCUCCCGAGGUUGAACACUACAUACAUCUGGGCCAUCAAUGUGCCUUACAACGUUGGUGUGGGGAUGAGCUUUCCUCAGAAUCGCCUGCAACAGAUGGACUCUGGCCAUUGUCCAGACUUGGUGAAGUACACAAUUAAAGGACAUGUCAGAUUUGACGAUAAAAAGGAAGUACUUGUUGGUACCUUUUGUAAGAAUGGGACUAUUUACAAUCUGAAGAUUCAAGGCAGAACACUGAUAGCCCUUGAGGUUCCUUGGUCCACAAUGAUUGAUGAUCCAGGAUUUGAACUUUAUUUUUUAUCACCUAUAAAAAGGUUCAGUGUUGUUGAUGUGGUACUACAGCCAAGUUCUUCAGUACACUUCAUGUCAGCCAACUGGCCCCAGGGUUUUCCAAAUGAUGAACUAAUGACAUGGACCUUCGCUGUACCUUCCAACCACCAUGCCAACGUUACAGUGGAGAGCUCCACCUUCCCCAGCUGUGUGAAAAGGGAGGCAGGCUGGUUUUUUGGCCCAUCUGUGCUCAGCAAGAAGUUAAACCAAUUUCACAAAAAAUUCAUGCUGACUUUGCAGAACUGUGACAUGGAUAGUUCAAGUGCCACUGGACUGACAUUGCACUUUAAAGUUGAGGUCUUUACUGACCAUGGGGAGAGGUUUGAAAUUAAACUGAGGAAGGAAGAUGAUGCUUUGGUGAAAUUUAAACAGCUGUUGGAAGACAGCAAUGGCUUGUUCUGCAUCUGCAAGUUUCCUGUUGCAUCUGACUGUGCCUCUGAGCUGCAACUCAAUCCGGGUGACCACCUCAAUAUCUCUUUCCACUUCCAGUGUAACGUGGCAAAGGACAUUGCUGUGGAAGCUACCAGGAACAUAUCCUGUAAAGACCAGGACAAGUGCUCAGUGAAGAAUGUGGAUCUCGUCCUGCCGUCUGAAAUUACCUCCUUGCCAGUACUUCAACAAACAUUCAAGUGGGUCCUUGAAGCUCCACCUGAGAUGACGAUAGAGUUAGCUGCCAAAAGGCUAAAGCUCCAACAACUUCUUCCAGGCCAAAGCUGUGAUGGCAACUUGACUUACAACAUGAGUACGUUCUGUGAGAAUGGGGCCAGGUCCACAGUGGGUCUCUUCUGUCCUGGCGGAGCAAUGGAACUGAUUCAGACCACUGACAGUGUGUCAUUGGAACUUCUGACAUCGGAUGGGUGGGGCUCCAGCGAUGUAGACAUCAGCCUGUCCUUCAUUCCACGUGUCACAGAGGACUACAUUAUGAAAGUCACCCCAGAAGCUGGUUCUUCUAUCAAUCUUCUAACACCCAACUGGGAGUUAGGAAUGCCAAAUAAGUUGACAGCAUCAUGGGAUAUCUCCAUUCUGGAAGACCACAUAGCUGAACUGAGCUUCCUGAAUCAGUCAAUGCCUCACUGUGAGCACGGACAUGUAAUUAUCAGCGUGGAUGAGCAAUGGGAGCAUUCCAACUUGAUCAGUUAUCGGGAAACAGAUGCUUUGCCCGAUUCACCCAUUACUCUGGCCCAUAGAUUCUGGCUCAAUGUGUCCAACUGUGAGCCUUCAAGUGGACAACUGAACCUCGUGUUCCACAUGCUGGUAAAGGAGUAUGAAGAUAACAUGGAGGUGCUGAUGACCUGUGUCGCAGCAGUGGGAGGACUGGCUCUGAUUGCCACUCUUGUUGUGAUCGUGUGUUGUUUGCAAAAACGGAGAAGACAGCAAAGACAGCCUGCUGUUGGCAUCUACAAUCCCAGUGUGAACACUCACAGACCCAGGCACCAGCGGAAGUUUGGCAAAACUAGGCAGGAGAAUGAGUCUCAUAUUUACGCUGUUAUUGACGAAGACCGUGUUUAUACUGAUUAUUUUAACAACACACAGUUUCUGCCCAUUCCGGAGGUGGAUGUGUAUCGGCCUUUCCAAGGCCCCAUGGGCAAUGUCCUGCCUACUCUCCCACCUCCACGUGGUACUGUGCCUAAGGGGUCCAAUCCAGAGACUGUGCCCAUGGUGUCCAAUGACCUAUAUACAUUUUCAGUAAAGAAGGCGGAUGUAGAAAACAAUGGGGAGACAGUGACUUUCCUUGGGAAUGGCGAAAAGGAUUCUAGCUCAUAGCAAAGCAUGUUUACUGGUAUGAGUAACAGUGUAAAUGUGUAAAUAGCUGGCAUCUGUCCAAACAACUCAUUGCUUUUCAUGGACUGAUUUUACCGGUGAAUACAGCAGUGUUUAGUUUCCAGGUAACAUUUUUUCAGUGAGGGUUCAGCUUCCCUGCCACUGAGCCAGGAGCUCCUGUGCAGGUAUUUUCCAGAACCUGCAGUUUGUAGUGCAGUAUUUUGACCAUGGAAUGAAUGUUGGUGGUUUGAGUAUCUCAAAACCUGCUAAUCUCCUGGGAUUUUUCAUCCACAACAGUUUACAGAAAAUAGUGUAUAAACCAAAAAACAUCUUGUGAGUGGCAGUUCUGUGGGCAAAAAUGCUUUGUUAAUGAGAGAGGUCAGAGGAGAAUUACCAGAUUGGUUCAAGCUGACAGAAGGUAACAGUAACACAGAUAAACACAUGUUACAACAGUAGUGGGCAGAAGAGCAUCUCUGAAUGCACAGCAUGUUGAACCUCGAAGCCGAUGGGCUACAGCAGCAGAAGACCAUGAACAUACACUCAGUAGCUUCUUUGUUAGAUACAGAAGGUAUCUAAUAAAGUGGUCACUGAGUAUAUAUAGGCAACUGGGAGCAAGGGGAUCUCUUGAAGAAGAGGGUGUAAGAAAGGGGUAAACUAUGUGUGAAGUCAGGGGACAUGGGUUAGGUCCCAAAGUGAAUACUUCUCUGUAUCCACCAAGCAGAAUUAAGGGGAUGAUAGUGAAUUCAGAGAAGAAUAUGUUGAUGGUCUGGAGAAUCUCAGUAUUAAGAAAGUGGAAGAUGUCCUAGAAAACAUAAAGGCUCAUAAAUCCUCAGGGCCACAUGAGAUUUAUCUCAGAAUGUUAUGGAAAACAAAGUAGGAGGUUGCUGGGGUCCUGAUGGACAUUUUUACAUCUUUGUCAUUCAUGAAUGAGGUACCAUAAGAUUGAAGGAUAGUGAAUGUUGUUCCUUUAUUUAAGAAGAGCAAUAGGGAUAAGCCAGGUAUCUACAGGUGGAUGAACUUUAUAUUAGUAGUAGUAAAAUUAUUUGAGGAAGUUCUAAGAUAUAGGAUUUAUGUACAUUUUGAAAGGCAGGGGCUGAUCAUGGCUUUGCUUAUGGGGUGGUUGUCAUUGUCUCAGUAAUUUGGCUGUUUUUUGAGGAGAUAACUAAGAAAGUGAUGAAGUGCAGUAAUAUCUAUAAGGCAUUUGACAAGGUGUUACAUGCUAGGCUAGUCCAGAGCACAAAUAGGAGAAGGAGUAGAGCACUCAGCCCUCAGACCUGUUCCGCCAUUCAUUAUGAUCAAUGCUGGACUCAACUCCCCUUCGGUACCAUUUCUUCAUACCCCUCGAUUCCCCCAUCUGUCAAAUCAUGUGAUCCAGCUUCCCCCACCCCCUCCUCCACCUAAGGAUAGAAAAUUACAGAGAUUUUUCCACCCUCUAAGAAAAGAACUUUCUACACAUAUCAACUGUAAAUAGCCAGCCCUUAAUUGUUUUAGAAUAUUAGAGCGUUUUUGACAAGAACAGGCCAUUUGACUCAACACAGCUUGCCAAAUUCCUAGUGUGUUAAAGUAACUAUCAAAUUUAGAUUUGAAAGUCUCUAAGGUACAACUCUCAACUACAUAACUAGGUAGUUUGUUCUAUAUGUCCUUAACUCGCUGUGUAAAGAAAUGCUUCCUGAUGUGAGUCUGAAAUCUCCCUUUAACCAGUCUCCACCUCUGGCCCCGUGUCCUUGAUGAUGGAUUAAUUCUGAAGUAGCAGCUGGCAUGCACCUUACUUAUACCCUUAAUGAUUUUGAACACUUCUGUCAUUUCUCCUCUCUUUCUAUGUCUACUUAGGCUAAGAAGAUUUACUUCUUUCAAUCUUUCCUCAUAACUCGUACUCUACAGACCUGAAAUGGGUCUCGUCACCCUUCUCUGAACUCUCUCCAGUGCCUUUACCUCCCCCACACAAUUUAGAGACCAAAACUGUACACAGUUCACAAGGCAUGGCUUCACAAGUACAUCAAACAGCUUAAGGAGAACUUCUCUAGACUUGAACUUCACUGAGCACAUUAGAUAGUCCAACAUUCUAUUACCCUUCCUAAUGGCUUCUGUGCAUUGUCUAGAUGUUGAUAGUGAUGAGUCUACCAGGACACCCAAAUCCUCAUACAAUGCACUCAAGACCUCACAUGUAUAUUUAUAUCUAAUAUUUCUGCUUUUUGUAUGUAAUACUUUAACAUUCACUUACAUUAAAUUUCAUCUGUCAUUUAUCUGCCCACAUCUGAAGUUUGUUUAGAUCUAACUUUAUUGAUUCUGCUGUUUGAAUAUUAUCAGUCUGUCCCCCUAAUUUUGUGUCAUCAGUAAACUUUAUUAGUUUUUUGUUAUGAGCUUAUCCAAAUCAUUCAUGUAAAUUAAAAUCAGCGGCGACCCUAAACCUGAUUCCUGCAGAGCCCCCUUUUAACAUCUUCUAGGUGUUGAAAUGAUCCUCUCACCAUAACUUGGUGCUUUCUUGUUUCUCAGCUAACUCUGCAUCCAUUUGCACACCUUAUCCUGAAUCCCCACCUCCUGUAAUUUGAUUGUUAACCUCUCAUUGGGUACCUUGUCUAAAGCCUUUUGAAAGUCCAAGCAUCAUCCACACUAUUGUUAUCGUAAAUUUUAGUUUCUUCUUCAUUGAAUUCCAGCAUAUUAGUUAAGCAUGAUUUCCCCUUUACUUUCUGCUAACAUGUCUGUUCUCAUCAUCUGCUUUUCCAUCUCAUUCUUUAUUACAAUACAUGCUUAGCUUACUAGUCUAUAGUUACCAGGGUCAGUGUGGUCACCCUCCUUGUAUACUGGGACAAUGUUAGCCCAUUUCCAGUCCUUAAGGAUUUCACCAGUCUUCAAUGACUUUUUAAAAAUACAUGUUCGGGGUUUGUACAUAUAACCACAGACCUCUAUAAGUUGGAUAUAUGUUGUCUUGCCCUGGAGAUUUUCAGCUGAAGCAGGACCUCACUUUCUAAGAUCUCUAAGUCACUUAAAACAACUUUAUUUUUCUAUUUAUGUUGCUAACAUCUUUGCAGGUGAAUACUUCAGCAAAAUAUGAGUUACAAGUAUCCACUAUGUGCUUCUCUGCAUAAUUUAAUACCCUACUAUUAUUCCUAAUACAUUAACCUUUCUCUUUGGCUUUUCUUUUACCACUAAGGUAUUGAAAAAAAUCUCUUGGGGUCAAUCUUAGUAUUAUCAGCAACAUCCUUAUCAACCUGUCUUUUGGCAAUCCAAAUUUCCAUCUUGACUAUAGUUUUCAUAUUUGCAUAAACAUCAUUACUAUUUUCUGUAUUCCUUAUAUAGCUGUCUUCAAUAUUUUGUAUGUACCUUAUGAUCACUUGUUCCUAAAGGAUCAACAACUUAUAUACACAAAAUUCUAUCCUGAUCAUUUCAGAGUAUCAGAUCUAGACAGGCCUUCCUUCUUGUUGGUACAUUAACAUACUGGGUCAAAAAAACAAUCAUUUAAUAUUUCAAUCCUGCAGUUAUGUUCCAUGGUUUCUGACUGUCAUUGGUGAAAACCUCUUCAUAUCUACCUUGUCAAACACCCUUAGGAUCUGAAGCUUAAAUAGAUUGCCUCACGUUCUUCUAAGCUCCUGGGAAUUGAGACCCAAACUGUUUAAUCUUCCAUUAUAGUACCUCAAACUAAUUUGAAGAAUUCUCUUUAUCUUAAGCUAAACCGUACCAGUAUGUCAUUUAACUGGAGAAGGUGCAAAAUGAGUCGUGAGGAUGUGCCUGCACAAGAGGGAUUGAGCUAAAAGGAGAAGCUAGAUAAACCUGGAGUGUUUUCUGUAGAUCUUAAGAAACUGUGGAUGACCUUAUAGUGGUUUAUGAAAGCAUGAGGGACAUAGAUAAGGUCUAAAAAGCUAAAGUCUUUUUCACAGAAUAGGGAAGUCUAAAACUACAGGGUAUAGGGUUACAGUGAGAAUGGAAAGAUUUAAAACAGCCUUGAGGAGCACGUUUCUUUACCCAGAAAAUGGUGGGGAAAUUGAACAAGCUGCUAAAGAAGAUGACAAGCAUUGUUAGAAUUAUUACAUAUAAAAGGCAUUUGAACAGACAGACAUGAAAGUUUUAGAGAGAUAUGAGCCAAACACGGGCAUAUUGGUCGGGAUGGAGGAGUAAGGUCUUGAAGAUCCUGUUUCCGUGCUCUAUAUCUUAAUAGCUCCAUGGUAAAAUCCUGAGAGAGAGAGAGACAAUCUGAUUGAAAUCAGCAGUUUGGAGUUUGACUGGGAUCCCCAAAAUGUGGUAAAUUCAGCCAGAUUUUACGGUGUGCAUUAUGCUGUAGAAUUAACAAUGGAGCCUGCCACAUGCACACAGAUCAGCUUGUGGCCAAAGCGUGAUUUGAACAUGGAGCUUAGAAAAGUAUAGCACAGCAACAGGCUCUUUGACUGAGUUAAUUAAGAAUCAAGAUUGUUUAAUGUCAUUUUCAGUGCACAAGUUUAAAAGAGUCAAAAUCUGAUGAAGCACAAAAAAAACCUCAAUAAGGUAAAGAACACAAUAAUAGCGAAAACAUAAUAACUAUAAAAACAACACACACAAAGUGCUGGUGGAACACAGCAGGCCAGGCAGCAUCUAU